GUGGAGGAGCUGCGUAAGAAACGUGAAUCGGAUCGCUUCCUGUCGUUCUUCUCAAAAGUCGAACAACGCCCCGUGAUCACCUACGCAGCCUCGGUGGAUGCCGCGGGUGCGGAAUGCGGAGCCGGUCCGGCGCUGCCGUUCGAGUUGAAAGAGGGCAUGCGAGUGGCGCCGAUACAACGACGUCCGGCCCUCUCACCGCACACCUACGAUCAUCUGCUGGAUAACGACGAAUCCACUUCGCGAAAUUCACUCUAUCUAUCGAAUGUGCCUCGACGACGAACCACAUCCCCGAAGAGAAAUGAGAUGCGUGCAAAACUAUUUCAAUUCCACGAUAACUACCGACCGCCCUACUAUGGAACAUGGCGAAAACGAAGUAAAACUAUCACGGGAAGACGACCGUUCGGCAGGGAUACGAAGAUACUUGACUACGAUGUGGAUUCGGAUGAGGAGUGGGAAGACGAGCCUGAGGGUGAGGAGAUCGGUGACGAAAAUAACCAGAGUGAUGAGAGUGAGGCGAGUGAUAAGUAUCGUUGUUGUUGA